AUGGCAGUGCUCAUUGACGGUGCCGACUACGGUGCUGGGAAAGCGUCUAGGAAUGCACCAAGUCCACGGCCUGAAUCUGGAAAUUAUCAUGCAUACAAUGGACUCCGAACUAGGUGCGUUUCUAUAGGUCUUCCUGCCAAUAUGACCAAAUUGCGAAAACAAGAUCAAACAACUUGUAAACUGCUGCAAGUUGACUAA